AUGAAAGCUAGUUUACAGAUUUGCAAAAGAGCUAUGAACACAGUAGACAAGUAUUCACUUUAUGUUCCAAAGUCAGGUGUCUUCCCAAAGUGUCUUAAAGUGGCCUCCAUAGCCUCUGGGAUCAAAAAAAAUGGAAAUUUAGAUUUGGGUAUAAUUUUGAAUACACAUGAAUCCUUAAAUGGCGCUUCUCUUGCGGGUGUUUUCACAACUAACAAAUUCCAAGCUGCACCUGUUGUAGUAUCAAAAAAUGUUCUUGAGCAGCAACAAGGACACAAUAUCAAUGCCAUUGUGAUUAAUUCUGGAUGCGCAAAUGCUGUAACGGGUGAAGUUGGGAUGCAUGAUGCUCGUGAUAUGGUUCAAUCAGUGAAUUCCCACAUCGGUCGCGCUAAUUCCACUUUAGUUAUGUCUACUGGUGUAAUUGGUCAAUUGUUGCCGAUGGAAAAAGUCAAGAAUGGAAUUGAUAAAAUGUUUCUAAGAAAAGGUUCUACCUUUGGUGAGGAUUAUUCUUCUUGGUUGAAUUUAGCGAAAUCGAUUACUACCACAGAUACUUUCCCUAAGAUUAUUAGUUCUCGCUUUACCCUACCAAAUGGGGUUCAAUAUACUCUGACAGGAAUUGCCAAGGGAGCUGGUAUGAUAUCUCCAAACAUGGCAACAUUGUUGGGAGUCAUUUGCACCGACCUUCCAAUUUCCCCUUCUGCAUUGCAAAGCAUGUUAUUGCAUGCGACAUCACGUUCUUUCAACUGUAUAUCUGUUGAUGGUGAUAUGAGCACCAAUGAUACCCUCUAUAUGAUGGCUAAUGGUGCUAUAGAAACUGAUAUUAUCACUGAAUCUAGUCCAUAUUUCAACUCCGUCCAAGAGAAAGUAGUCGAUUUUUCACAGAAAUUGGCACAAUUAAUAGUUCGUGAUGGUGAAGGUGCCACGAAGCUUGUCACUGUUAAUGUGCGGAACUCACUAAACUUUGAGGAUGCAAAAGUAGUUGCGGAAAGUAUAUCAAAUUCGAUGCUGGUUAAAACAGCGUUAUAUGGAGAAGAUGUCAACUGGGGUAGAAUAUUGUGUGCUAUUGGAUAUGCCAAGUUGGGUGAUGUUAGAUCAUUGGAUGUAACAAAACUAAAGGUGUCUUUUGUAGCAACGGACAAUUCGGAGCCUAACGAACUAGUACUGAUUGAAAAUGGAGUUCCCCAGGUGAAUAUCAACGAGUCAAGGGCCUCCGAAAUCCUUGCAUUACCGGACAUAAAAAUUGUGGUUGAUUUGGGCACCGGGAAGGAAGAGUGUAACUUUUGGACAUGUGAUUUAUCUCACGAAUACGUUACAAUCAAUGGAGACUACCGUUCUUAA